AUGAAAGACAUCGAUGACACUCCAGAGCAAAAUAACUACACUGGUGAACCAAUUGACGUAAAUGCAAAGAAAGAAUAUGCCAACCGAGUCAUCAAAAGCUUUGUAACAGAACAUGUUGUAAAUAACAUCCCACAAGUACCACCUCAAAGUAUAGAAUCCAACAAACGGGUAAGAUUAAUUUAUUUUAGAAAAUGUGUUCUUUGACUGGAGUUAUUUGUCACAACCUUUGAAUACCUUUUUAAAUCUAGUCAGAAAAUAUUUUUUUCCAAAUAAUCUUUGUUACUUUUAAAAACCCAUUAAGCUGCGAUGCAGCUGACUUUAUUAGUUAACUAUGUCUACACCCUGACUUUAUUAUCGUCAAGGCAGAGGUGAAAAAAAUAUUUUACUUUCUGGGACAGCAAGAGAACGUUGAAAAAUUUUCUGCAAAUAAUCAAGUAAAGCAAACAAGUAACAUUAACAAGUUGUCAAACUGAAUGUAUUAUAAUUAACAUUAACAAGUUGUCAAACUGAAUGUAUUAUAAUUAACAUUAACAGAAAAAAAUCCAAGGACUGAGAAUCUUAUAAUAAUACUUUCAGGAAUAUAACAUAAAACUAAUUUGGGUAACAUGCACCAGGGGUCUCAUCCUAAGGUAAAUUUACCGUUGCCAAAAAAUGGGUACUACUAAGGGGCACUACUAGGGACAUCUGGGGCAUGCUCCUCCAGAAAAUUUGCCAUACCACAUUUGUUACAUCAUUCUAUAGUCUAUACAUUUAUACACUAUUGCACUAUUAUAAGAUGGAUGCACUUAUAAUAAUUUGCACUUCUGUGGUCAUACCUACAGUACAGGUAACAUUCUUUCUAUUGGAUAUAAUUUAAUCCUUUUGUCUAAAUUUCUACAAUUAUUUUUUUCUUUCUUGGAAAUGUUUUCUGGGAACUCAAAAAUUUUCUGGGACCAAUGGUCCCGUAGUCUGAUACUUUUCCCACCCCUGCAUCAAGGGAAGAGUCUUGGACAUUAACGGGUUACUUGUCAACGGGAGUGUCUUGGGCAUAGACAGGUUAAUUAACACGUACAUAUUUUUAGGUAACUUUGAUUUGUAGGAUUUGCAACAAGAAGUAUGUCCGACCAAGUGCCUUACAAAAGCACGAAGAGAAAAUACAUGGAUUACAACCACCUAAAUCACAUACAGCUGUUGCACAAGCAAAGGAACAAGAUACGGUGUACAAUUACACACAUCAAGUCCUUGUUCUUUUACUUUUACGCUUGAAUCACAAUGAUGCCAUCAAACUUGGUGAUGGUGAGAGAAUUUUAAGACUAUACAAAUGUUUUUGCUUAUAUUUUAAAGUGAGCAAAUGCCCUAAGUAUGCCAUAGCUGCUCUGCACUUACAGGAACAAGUGAAUUGCCUUCUGAAUCCUAGAUUGGCUCGCUCACUCACAUGCAACAGAUUUGUGAAUCAUCAGGGCAAACUAGAUACUAACUUCCCUAUGAACCUUGAUGUGGAACAUGACAAUAAGGCAUUUAAAGCUGAUAUACACAGUUUCAAAGGGGAAAUAACUGUCAGGAGUAUUUCAAGGGUUAGUUAAGCAACCGAACCAACACAUGCUAUUCUGUCUGCAUUUGACAAGUGUACACACAUAAGGAAGCCAUCCGGCAAGCAUACUAACAUAUCUCAAGCAAAGACGAUGUCAAGAUGUUGGUUGAUCAUCUACAGGAAGAGGAAUUAUACAAAACAGUUCCUGGAAGAAAAUAUGUGGCAUUCCCAGACAUGAAGCAUAAUGUGCUUGCAGAUAUUGACGUAGAGAGCCUGAGAAGUUGGAUUAUAUCAAAUCAGUAA